AAUGGUUAUACUCGCGCAACGCAGAGAAUCAGAGCGAACUAGAAUAAAAACAUUUGCUUGCGCACCAAGAUUAUCGCCUUACAUCUACUAGUGGAGGAGAAGGUGGCCGUGGCACCCAUUUUUGCUUUUGUACUCUGUUUUUUUCUUUCUUUUGAAAAAUCGAUGAACAUGUGUCAAAGAAUCUAACCCAAGAAUUUUUUUAGCUGGACUUUCUUGUUCCUUUCACAGUUUGUAAGCUUUCCUUUUUGGAUUUUCUUUUGUAACCUUAACCAAAAGUUGCAAAACCUCUACUUUGUAAUCAUGUCCCAGCCUCAGACGAACUGGGAAGCUGAUAAAAUGUUGGAUGUUUACAUAUAUGAUUACCUUUUGAAGAGAAAAUUAAAUGCUUCUGCAAAGGCAUUUCAGGCUGAAGGCAAAGUUUCCACAGAUCCUGUCGCCAUUGAUGCACCUGGUGGUUUUCUCUUUGAAUGGUGGUCUGUGUUUUGGGACAUUUUUAUUGCCAGGACAAAUGAGAAGCACUCAGAAGCUGCUGCAUCAUACAUUGAGACUCAAAUGGUCAAAGCACGGGAGUUGCAGCAGCCACAGCAUCCAAAACCUCAGCAACAUCAGCAGAUGCAAAUGCAGCAGCUCUUAUUACAGAGACAUGCUCAGCAGCAGCAGCAGCAGCAGCAGCAGCAACGAAGAGAUGGUAACCAGCAUACAAAUGGAACCACCAAUGCGCUUGCUGCUAAUGAUGCCACGAGACAUAACUCUGCAACUGCAAAUGCUUUGGCAACAAAAAUGUAUGAGGAUAGACUAAAGCUUCCACUUCAGAGAGAUUCUCUGGAUGAUGCAGCUAUGAAGCCAAGGUUAGGUGAUAAUGUAGGCCAGCUUCUGGAUCCAAGUCGUGCCUCAUUAUUGAAAGCAGCUGCAUUAGGUGGCCAGCCUCCAGGGCAAACACUGCAUGGUACAGCUGGAGGUUCAGGAAAUUUGCAUCAAGCUCAAAAUCGGAAUCAGCAACUUGCUGUGUCUACCCAGGACAUAAAGAGUGAGAUUAAUGCAAUGAUAAAUCCCAGAACUAUUGGAAUGGAAGGAUCAUUGGUUGGAGUUCAAGGACCAAAUCAAGGGGGAAGCAACUUGACUUUGAAAGGAUGGCCUCUAACUGGAGUGGAUCAGCUUGGGCUCCUUCAGCAGCAAAGGUUGAUGCAAUCCCCUCAGCCACUCAAUAAACUUCAGUUACACCAACAGUUGCUCCUUCACGCGCAGCAAAAUUUGGCACCGCAAUCUGCCAAUGAUUUAGAGCAUAGAAAACUUAGAAUGCUUCUCAAUAACCAGAAUAUUGGUCUUGGGAAGGAUGGGCCCUUGAAUCCCGGCGAUGUACUUGGUAACUUUGGAUCACCAAUGCAAGUCAAUAGUCCUAUGUUGACCCGUGGAGACACAGAUCUACUGAUUAAGUUGCAGCAGCAGCAACAACUGCAGAACAACCAACUGCAGCAACAGUAUCCACAGCAUCCACUUGUGAGUCAACAGUCCCAAAAUUCAAGUCACCACCUUCAACAGCAAGACAAAAUAAUUGGUUCUAGCAGCAUAACAGGGGAUGGUAGCAUGUCAAACACUUUUCAAGGAAACGACCAGGCUUCAAAAGGUCAAAUUGGGCGAAAGAGAAAGCAGCCUGGGUCCUCCUCAGGCCCUGCCAAUAGCUCAGGCACUGCUAACACCACUGGACCAUCCCCAAGUUCUCCAUCAACACCUUCCACUCACACACCUGGUGAUGCUGUUUCAGUGCCCAAUUUGUCACACAAUGGUGGUGGUUCCAAGUCUUUGCUUAUGUUUGGUUCUGACGGAUUGGGUUCCCUUGCAUCAGCUUCAAAUGAACUGGCUGAUAUGGACCGUUUUGUGGAUGAUAGAACUCUGGAGGACAAUGUAGACUCAUUCUUCUCUCAUGAUGCUGCAGAUCUUAGAGAUAGAGUUGGUCAGUCUGCAGAUGUCAGCAAAGGCUUAGCUUUUUCGGAGAUACGGCAUAUUCCAGCAAGUACAAGUAAAGUUGAAUGUUGUCACUUCUCAUCAGAUGGAAAAUUGCUUGCAACUGGAGGGCAUGACAAAAAGGCUACGCUUUGGUGCACAGAGUCUUUUACAGCAAAGUCUACCCUUGAAGAACAUUCUCAAUGGAUCACUGAUGUUCGUUUUAGCCCAAGCAUCUCGAGGCUUGCUACAGCUUCAGCUGACAAAACUGUCAGGGUUUGGGAAGCUGAUAAUCCAGGCUACUCACUUCGCACAUUUACAGGACAUUCUACAACUGUCAUGUCAGUGGAUUUCCACCCAAGCAAAGAGGACCUUAUCUGUUCAUGUGAUAAUAACAGUGAGAUUCGCUAUUGGAGUAUCAAAAACGGUAGUUGUGUUGGAGUCUUCAAGGGUGGUGCUACUCAGACAAGGUUUCAGCCACAUGUUGGAAGGAUCCUUGCAGCUGCUGCAGAGAAUAUCAUAUCCAUACUAGAUGUUGAGACCCAAGUGUGCAGACUGAAAUUGCAGGGACAUAAAAACCAUAUCCAUUCUGUGUGUUGGGAUCCUUCCGGCGAGUAUGUGGCAUCUGUGAGCGAUGACUUGGUUAGAGUGUGGACAGUUGGCUCUGGCAGCAAAGGAGAAUACAUUCAUGAGUUGAGCUGUUCUGGCAACAAAUUUCAUACCUGUGUUUUCCACCCCACUUAUUCUUCUCUACUGAUAAUCGGUUGUUAUGAGACUCUGGAGCUGUGGAACUUGGCUGAAAACAAGACAAUGACUCUACCUGCGCACGACAAACUGGUAUCUGCUUUGGCAGUGUCAAAUGUUACUGGUUUGGUAGCUUCUGCUAGUCAUGACAAGAUGGUCAAAUUCUGGAAGUGAUUUCAUGCAUCUCUUGGAUCUGCCUCGCAUUCCCAGGUAUUCUGACAGAUGCCUUUGCAGCUGUUUGUUUAUAUUGGCUAAUUGUUACAGCCUUUUUAGUCAAAUGAGCUAAUAGCUUUUGUCCAUUUUACACUCCACACUAACCCAGUGUCUGUAGUAACCUCAAGAUUUUAAUUUAACUGAAGAUCUCUGGAAAGACAAGUUUAAGUUUGACAUUGAUAUGUAGAUUUACAGUUGGGGAAACCGACUAAAGUGAAAGUUGUCGCUGUAAAUGCUACAUACAUUACAUAUUGCAUAGUAAA